UAAAUAAGGCUGAUAUUCGUAUGAUAAAAAUUAGUCGUUGCCAGACAGCUAGUCAUUGAGACGUAAUUUUGUAAAAUACCGCCGCGUAGUUUUAAAUUCGAAUGUGUUAAAAACGUGAAGUAAAAAAACCCACCAUGAAGUCGCUACUAUUCCUCUGUCUCCUGGCGAUAUCCACAGCAGGUGGAUACCACAUUUUGUGCAUCCAGAAGGUUCCAUCAAAGAGCCAUAACCACCUGAUUAAGGGUAUCGUGGAUCCGUUGCUGAAAGCUGGUCAUGAGGUAACAUUCGUUACACAUUAUCCAGAUGGAAAAGUUGUGAAGAAUCUCAAUAUAAUCGAUGUUGGUCAUCUCGAGGAAUUGAAAAAAGACGUAGACGUGACGGAUAAGAAGCAUUUUACGCAAAAACUCGUCCAAGAUUUCGGAACGAAUCUCACUAUCGCCCUCAUUGAUACUCCCGCUUUGAGAGACGCAAUAACCAAGAGGAAUUAUGAUGCUGUCGUCACUGAGUGGUUCUUUUCAGAUGUUGAGGCUGGCUACGCCGCAGUCCUCCAAGUGCCCUGGAUCCUACUCAGCGGUACAGUUAUGUACCCUCACUUGGAGUACACUAUCGAUACAGUCCGGUCUAUCCCCAAUGUACCCAGUUUUGUGGAUAAUUACUCUGUUCCCAUGACUUUUGGGCAGCGGUUCAUGAAUGCGUUCAUUUAUGUUAUGUCGCAAAUUGAUUAUUGGAGAAACUUCCCAGUCCAAAAGGCCAUUUACGAGUCCAAAUUCGGUCCCAUAGCCAAGGCUAGGAACGUGCCCCUCCCCCCAUUUGAGGAAGCUCACAGGAAUGUAUCCAUCUUGCUUGUCAACUCGCACCCCUCUUUCGCACCCACUAGGAGUUUACCACCCAAUGUGAUUGAUAUAGCUGGGUAUCAUAUUGACGCUAAUACACCUCCUCUGCCAAAAGACCUCCAAGAACUCCUAGAUGCUUCCCCACAAGGCGUCAUCUACUUCAGCAUGGGUUCCGUAUUGAAAGCGUCACAAAUAAAAGAAAAAAUCAGAAGAGAUCUGGCCCAAAUGUUCGGUGAACUGAAACAGACUGUUCUCUGGAAGUUCGAGGAGAAAAUCGAGGGUCUUCCGAAGAAUAUUCAUCUGAGACCUUGGAUGCCACAGUCUAGUAUACUUGCCCACCCUAACGUCAAGCUAUUCAUAACCCACGGUGGUCUUCUCAGUACCCUGGAAUCCUUACAAUAUGGGGUACCCUUACUAUCGAUACCGGUGUUUGCAGACCAGCCAGCUAACGCCCACCGCAGUUUGGUAGCCGGUCUUGGUCUAAAGGUGGAGUUCUCUGAGGAUAUGGGUCCGGAACUGAAGAUCGCUUUGAAUGAAAUGAUGAUGAAUGAUAGUUAUUACAACCAGGCGAAAUACCUUUCUAAGUUAUUCCGCAACCGGCCUACAAAACCCGCUGACCUGAUCACACAUUACAUUGAAUUGGCCAUCGAAAGCAAGGGUGCUUACCAUCUCCGAUCAUCGGUGAAUCAGUACACGUGGUAUGAAAACUGGAUGUUAGACAUAAUAUUUGUAAUUCUAGCUGUAUUGUUUGUUAUUUUCUACACUAUUAAGAAAGUUAUUACAUCAUUUAUGAGCAAAGGCAAGAGUAAGAAACAGAAGAAGAAUACGGUCACCAUGCGUGUACUACUGUACGUCACGUGUCUGGCUUUAACUACAACCGUGUGUAAAUCAGCAAAGAUUUUAGGAGUGUUUCCAGCACCAGUGUACAGUCACCAACAAGUGUUUCGACCGUUUGUCGAAGAAUUGGCGAGGCGGGGACACGAAGUCACUUUUAUUACACCUUUUCCCAUGGAAGAAAGUGUAAAGAACUUAAAGCAGAUAUCAAUUCAAGCUAGCGUUGAAGAAAUUAAAUUUGCCGCUCUAAAAGAUGAAUUGAAAGACGCAGACGAUAUUGUGGCACAGCAGAAAGUCGCGUUUAGAGCUAUAUACAAGAUGUUUGAUAGAUUACUGGGGAAUGAUUUAAAAGACUUCGUAAAUAGCAAGGAAAAGUUUGAUAUAGUUUUAGUAGAGGCUUGUGUGCGGUUGAACCUCGUGUUCGGCCAUAUAUUCAAUGCACCAGUGAUUCAAGUCAGUUCCUUCGGCGGAGUAUUUGAUACUUUCGAAAUGAUGGGAGCUCCCACACAUCCCCUGUUAUACCCGUUGGCUAUUCGCGAAAAAUUCAAGAAUCUAACAUAUGUUGAUAAAAUACAAGAAGUAGUAGGACUUUACGAUGUAGUAAAAGUUUAUGAGGACUGCGAAAAGCCAGAAGACGAUUUAUUGAAGAAACAUUUGGGAUCUAAUUUUCCCAGUUUGAAAGAAUUGAAACAAAAUGUUGCUAUGGUUUUUCUAAAUGUGCAUCCUAUUUGGGAUUCUAAUAGACCUGUACCACCUAAUGUUGUUUAUUUAGGAGGUCUGCAUUUGAGAAAAGUAAUGGAAUUACCUAAGGAUUUAAAAGCCAAGCUCGACGCCGCUAAAAACGGCGCUAUAUACAUGAGCUUCGGCAGCACAAUCAGCUCCUCAAUAUUCAACAUGGCGAAGUUAAACAUGUUUCUGCGAGUGGUCUCCAAACUGCCAUAUACUGUAUUCUUGAAAUGGGAUGCCGAUGUGGACAAUGUACCGGAAAAUGUGGUAGUGGGGAAAUGGUUUCCUCAGCGCGAUCUUCUUAAACACCCUUCUAUCAAGUUAUUCAUCACGCAAGGCGGUCUCCAAUCAACCGACGAAGCUAUCGACGCUGGCGUCCCACUUGUGGGCGUGCCGAUACUGUGGGACCAGUGGCUUAACGUGGACAAGAUUGUAGAACUGGGCAUUGGAGUCAUGUGCAAUAUACGUGACGUCACAGAGGACAGCUUUAGGGCGGCUAUAGAUACCGUUCUUAAGGAUAGAAGAUACAAAGAAAACAUAGACAACCUACGAACUGUCAUCAACGACCAACCACAGACUGCCCUAGAACGCGCCGUGUGGUGGACGGAAUACGUCAUACGUCACAAAGGCGCGAAACAUUUAAGAUCUCCCGCCUUCGACAUAUCAGUGAAAGACUAUUAUGAAAUUAAACUUGUAUUAUCUGUAAUUUUAGUUUUUACACUCGUUUUAGGUUCAAUUUAUAAGCUGUGUGCGAUAGUGUUAUCAAUAUUUAAAAGAAAAAAUAAGGUAGAAUAAUAUUAAAUAAUUAA